ACAUGGCUGGGAGAAGGCAAGGAUAUCAGAGUAUCUUCUCACUACAGCUGAGCUGAACUCACACCUCCUGUCACCAUGUCCCACAUCUGCUGCUCUGGAAACUUCUCCUCCUGCUCCUUUGGGGGCCACUUGCACUACCCAAGCUCUUCCUGUGGCUCCUCCUACCCCAGCAACCUGAUCUACACCAUGGACCUCUGCUCUCCCAGCACCUGCCAGCUGAGCUCCUCUCUGUACAGUGGCUGUCAGGAGACCUGCUGUGAGCCCACCAGGUGCCAGAUGUCCCAUGGUGUGCCCAGCCCCUGCCAGUCAUCCUGCUACUGCCCUAGGACCUCCAUGUUCUGCAGUCCCUGCUGGACAAAUUAUGCUGGGUCUCUGGGCUCUGGGUCUGGCAAAGGCUACUCCCUGGUCUGUCGAUCCAGAAGCUGUGGGUCCAGUGGAUCUCUGGGUUCUGGAGUCUCUGGCUUCCCUUCCCUGAGCCGUGGAUCCUGCCAUCCAAUUUAUGUGGCUUCUUGA